ACCAGCGCUUAGUUCAGUCUAUGAGUCGCCGCCUCUUUUAAUCCUACCACAUCCUCCCCAGGGCGUCGCACUCCUCCCCGCGGCGCCCCUGGGGGAGAAGGAUGCCUGGGGAGGAGAUGACGCCCCAGAGCACCUGCAGGAGGACUGUCAGGGGGGAGGGAGGGAGGCAAAUCUCUCUCUCCCUCCCUUGUAGGAUUAAAUGUCCGUUUUCUUCAAGUGAGCGAAAGAUAAAGGGAAUUUCUCUCCUUCCUCUCCCUCUCUCUCCCUCUCUCCCUCUCUCCCUCCCCAUAUCUUUCCUCCACGUGCUGAAUGGAGGAAAACUCGUCCACAGAACGCGCCUCCCUCCCUACCUCUCCCUCUUCUCUCUCCUCUCCCUCCUCUGGCUUUGAAAAUGGGGAGGAAGGAGGAGGAGGAGGAGGAGGUGGAGGAGGAGUUGGAGGAGGAGAGAUGGUGACGAGGAGGAAGAAAAGAGCACUGGAAGAAACAAGGAGUAGAAGACGCAAGGCACGCCCCGGGGAGUCUUGGUGCCCCGUGUGUGGCGUCACUCUGCGGGCGGGGGAGCUGGACGCCCACCUCACCCACGAGCUGGACAAGUUGGCACGCCUCCCCCACGCCCGCCCCCCUUCACACCGCACGCCCACAGCUCCUGCUCAAGCCACCCCCACAGCGCCCACUCAAGCCACGCCCUCAACGUCACUAGAUGGUAGAGUGAGGGGGGCGGGGGCUGGGCUGGGGCGGGGGGCUAGCUGGCAGGAGUUCCGGCGAGUACGGGGCAACAGGGAGGUGAGGCGGCGGCGGCGGGGGCGUGGCGGCGGCGGGGGGGCGGGAGUGGAGGUGGUGUGCCCCGUGUGUGGAGUUCGUGAGGGGGACGCCGAGGUGGAAGGUGACAUCCAUCUCCACGUUGACGCCUGCCUUAGAAGGGUGGAGGAGGAAGGAGAUGAGGUGGAGGUGGAGGUGGAGGAGUAUGAGUGGUGUGGAGAGACAAGAGUGAGGGCCACGCAGAUGCUCAGGGCGGAGGGACAGUUGCAUGCACUGGGCACGCGGGUGGAGCGAGGCAGCGAGGACGAGGUAGUGGAAGUCUGCGAGGAUGAAGUGGAAGCAUUUGGACCUCCACAAUUUACAGACUCUGAUCUUCCACCUUCACUCGUCUCCACUUACGAGGAGACUAGUGGAGAGCAGGGUGGAGGACAGGACACGGUGGAGACUACAGUGGAGGCUACUAAUGGAGAUGAGAACGGGGUCAUCUCCGCGGGUGAGGUGGAGAGUGGGGCAGCGGUGGUGGAGGCCUUGCGUGUCAGAGUGAGGGAGUUGGAGGCAGCGUGUCAAAGGCCUUUAAACUCCACCUGCAGAGUGUGUCAUGAAGACUAUGAGGCGCCCCUGGUCUCCAUAUCCUGCUGGCAUGUCCACUGUAGGGCGUGCUGGUUGGGCGCCCUGGCAACGCGGCGUCUGUGUCCCCAGUGCUCGGUCAUCACGGCGCCUUCUGACCUCCGUCGUGUGUACCUGUAGCCUGUAGGGACCUGCUCUCACCUGGCGCCUGGGAGAGAGAGAGAGAGAGAGAGAGAGAGAGAGAGAGAGAAGUGGAUGUGUUCUAUGUAUUUUGUAUGAGAGAGUGAGAGUUAG